UCUCUGCUGCUCACCCAGCCCGCCAAAAUCCAGGUGAUCCUCCGCACUGAGAAAGGACAGCUGCACACCUACGAUGUCAAACCCGACGAGGCUGUGUCCGCCUUCAAGACCAGAGUGCAUCGCAGAGAGGGAGUUCCUGUGAGCCAGCAGAGACUCAUCCACCAGGGCCGGGAGAUGAUGGAGGGGACUCUGGCGGACUACAGCGUCCGGGAGAUGAGCACCAUCGACAUGACUAUGCGCCUGAGAGGAGGCUGAGGACACCUGACACGGUUCAUCUGCCACAAAAAACGCACAUGUACAUGUGCCUUUAUGAUUACCAGUCAAACCGGAGAUCAAACAGCAUUAUAGGCUUUUUACAAAAUUUAUUUAUUAAUACUUUUAUUUUGAAAUCAAUACAUUCCUCCUUGUGUAAUUCUGUAUUAAGAAGUUUAGUUUUGGUCGUACAAAUGCACACAACAUGGCAUGUUGGAAUUUUUUUAUGACAAAUACAAAAAAAAUAAAGUCUCUAGACUUUA